AAGCAGUAUAUGACAGUAUAAAGAUUAAUUAUAUUUCAUUGGAAAAAACAGAUUCUUCUGUUUGUACAAUUGUACAUUAAACGCAAAAUCUGAUUAAUAUUUUUGUGCAGUAAAUCAUUGUGUCGCAUCGUGCGUAUGAGCAGGUGAUCACUGAUGAUCUACAGAUCGUUGUGCGUGAGGAGCGCUGCGAUCGAUGCAGAGUUGCCGAUCAUCUCCUGUAUUUAUUAUACGACAUUUGAAACGCGAUUACUUUUAUUAUGAAAAAUCGUAGAAAAGGUAUUCGAUGAAUAUUUGACGAGUUUCAGCGUUGGUCCCGCUGCUAUUAUUCAAGUAAUUACGAUUAUUCGCACUCAGUGCAUUGUGGAAUGUGCGAGGAGGAGCUACUGUGUUACGCAGCUCCGCAUGAUGCCACCCGAAAAAUACGUAAUAAACACGAACAAUUCGUGUCCUAUGUAUUAUCGAGUAAACAUUUUACCACUCGACGUCAGAUAUGAACUGUUUAACUGGGGUAAUUUCAUGGGCGAACGGCAUAAAAGCGUAUUUCCCAUUUUUACUCGGUAGCAUGUAUACGUGGCAACAGAGCAGAGUCGUCGAGUGCUCUGUCACUUCCUAGUCAAAAGAAAUUCUUCGAGCAAACAAACAAUAAUAUAUAUUUACAUUGUUCAAAUCGUGGAAAGCGGCGUGACUCUAAGAGUGCUGUCAAAUGUUUGAAAGAUACAUAUAAUUGUCUGUCAAACCGUUCGAAGAGAGUAUUUCUGUGUGCGUAUUAGCGUAUCAGCGAGCGUCGGUUUAUAUGUAUAUUACAUGUGCGACCUGUGUUCAAUUUCUCAUCAUUAGUUUGUUAGAAAUAAAUCCGGAAACGCGUGUAUAAAUUUCAACCUGUUCUGGGGAUACCGUACUCUGAUUAGACGUACGAUCACGACGCUUCAAGUGAUAUACGCGUACAUACUCAUAUGAAUGACCGUGUAAAUGCGUACAUACACUUAUUUGCAUACACCUACAAGGAGUUCGGGUUUUCAAAUUUAUCGGAAUAUUAUUGGAGCCAGAAGUCAAUUAUUUCGAUGUAUUCUAUCUGCUACUUUAUGGCUUUUGUACAUAUAAAAGGCUGAUGUUGGCUACGUUUCAACUACUAUUUACAUGGUACUUCGAUUUUUGGAACAUGAUAUAUAUUAUGAAGAUCACCUGAUGAAAGAGGAUCUUAAAUCGAGAGAAGAGAGCAGCAAGGUCAGUGCUGCUAAUGGUGCUUUGGCACUAUUACCAUUGUCCUCCUAAUAACACAAUGGAGGAGCCAGCAAAGAAGAAACAACGUACCGAAGGCAACAACGUCGAGAGGGACAUAUCUUCAGACAUAGAACAAUUGCAGAACAGCCUCUUAACUCAAUGUUUAUGCAAUGUGCCCGAGAGCAGUCUGCGCAAACCAUUUACCAGUGGAACAGUGGAAGCUGCAGACGGCACGUUUAGAUCUUCUUUAUUAUCAGAAUGGGAGCCUGAUCUGACCCUUGAGUUCAUAACAGCUUUACAACUCCUUUUCGAUUUAGCUAUUAGACAAAAUACGAGAGGUGUUAUGUGCAGAAGAGUGGUAGAUGUUUGUGAUGCACUGGCGCGAAAUGAGCAUGGCAUCAUAGAUCAAAUAAUCGACUUAUCGUGUACAACGAACAAGUUCAUAUCAUUCACCGCUAGCCGAGUACUCGCGUCCUUCUUCAUUGUGACAAAGGAUAACAUCGAAGCAGCAUGGCUGGAAAGACUGACGCAGUCUUUAGUGAACACUCAUUCCCCGAGCCAAAUGCUCUUUACAUUGGACAUUGUAAAAAGAGUCGUAGAACACAAGGAUUGCAGUAUUCAUCCUCUUGAGGACACAGAGAGCAUCGUGCCGCCACCACACUGUAACACAGUAUCAAUCUCGGAUGCGGAAAGCUUUGAUAGUACUCCAGUAAAAGCAACGUGUGUAAAAGCGUUGGAAUCUAAAUGGACUAUACUGGUGUCGAAGUUUGAUACCAUUCUAAGUUCGUACACGCCCCAACACGAAUCGGUUGUUAUCACUUUUCUCGAUUUGUGGGAAUCGAUCAUCUCCGUUAAAGCCAACUUGUCUGUCAUCGAUACCAAGCUCUUUUAUUCUCAAUUAGACAAUUUGGUGGUACUUUUAAAUGCUAAUGUUCCUGGUGUAAUAUGGAGACAUCUUCUCGGGUUAUUUAAUGAAGUACUAUGUUAUGGGAGCACUCUGGCAUUGCAAGAUGUACUACCAGACGAGCCUUGUUCUCUCGCACAUCUGAUCGUGAGAGCUGUGAAAGAUUGGAGAUUGCUGGACGCUCUGCCAUACAGGCAUGGUUCAGGCAGAUUUGGAGGAGGUUCUGGCGAAGGUGAUCGUCCGCUUUUGCAGAAAGUAGUGCUUCUAGUUUUGAAAAGUGUUGCCGUGACUGUUAAAGAGACACGCAGCGAUUCCAGUGACUCUUCCUUGGGUUCCGAAGCCGAGGAUCUUGACGCCGAUAUGGCGGUUAUCGAGAGGAGUAUUAGGGAAGUCUUGAGGCAACUCGAUCAGUGUGUUAAAACUUUAAUGCCGUUUCAUCCGGAAAUGCCUUUGUCCCAAUGGGUUGUACAGAUGUUUCAUGAUCAAGAUGAUUUUCUCAUCGAAGGUAUGGUCUGCUGUUUGGACGUAGCCGUUGGUUUAUUUUAUAGAGGGCCACCACAGAACGACCUCGGUCAUAUGCUCAGUCCGACUUUAACUUUCAUACAAUUUAUACACGCUGUAUCGCAUGACCCCGACGUUCUGCUAGACUUGCUCGUUAGCAAUGAGACCUGUUUUUUACUGUACUUAUUAAGGUUCUUGAAAUAUGUUAAAAGAAAUUGGACAGAAUUCAUCUCUUGCUGCGGACGGGAACUAGAUGAUACCAUGACAAUAUUGAUAAGACUUCGUUUAGCGAUCGACAGAUUAGUAUCGAAAGCUUUGUUCCCGUAUAACAUAAAUCCAGUUCUACGAUUGUUAGAAAAAUGCGAGUCCUUCUAUGAAGGGAAUAUAGAAAAUUAAUUAUAUUCGGUUAUUUCGUGUAAUUCAAAAAUCUCAUGUACAAACUGUAAGCAUAAAAAUUUCCUCGUCUGGUUAAUGAACCAGAAAAAAAACAAUUGUAUAGUCUUGUUAACUUCAUUUUGACUGAGUUAUUCUACUGACAAUUUCUAAAUAAUAAAUGAUCUAGGAUAAUGUUAGACAA